GAAAUAUAACCACUAUCUUACAGAGAAAGCCCUUGAAUGGUCCCCUUGCUUUACUAAUACUUGCAGUCGUUCCCACUAGGAACCGCUAGAUGGCGAUGUGUUCAAGCGGAAGUGUGUCGUGUGAGCGGAAGUGUGCGUGUUAUCACAGAGAUGUGAUGAUGUAGGUCAGCUGUCAUUAUAGCGGCAGAUGGAGCGUCACUCCAAAGUCUUGAGAAACAGUGAUGGACCGCUCAUAACCUCCCGUGUGCGCGGUCCCGUGAUAAACACAAAAACGUUGAUUAAAGGAGAAAACCUGCCUGCAGUGUGCUUCUUCACGGGAUGGAGACGCACAGUUCAGAGCUCAACAGGAAGAGGAAGAGACAGGAGCUGAAUGGGCAGAUGAAAGAAGCAGACCGUAUCCGAAAAGCUCAACGGAAAACUUUGGUGAAACAUGAGAAGCUGCCGCCUUGUCAUUUUGUUCUGAGCGCGAGAGAACCAGCACCGUUUUCAGAUGAGCUGGAGGCUGCAGGAUUACCAUACGAUCGUGUUCGUUUGGAGGAGGCCCAACGUGGAACUCCAGAGGAUGGUCCUGUGCGCGUGUAUGCUGACGGGAUUUUUGACAUGUUCCAUUCCGGACACGCCCGUGCUCUAAUGCAGGCCAAGUGUCUUUUCCCAAACACGUAUCUCAUCGUAGGAGUGUGCAGUGAUGAUUUGACGCAUACAUUUAAGGGCUUCACCGUCAUGGAUGAGAAUGAGCGGUACGAUGCAGUGAGUCACUGCCGUUAUGUUGAUGAAGUGGUCCGGAACGCUCCGUGGACGCUAACACCUGAAUUUCUGGCCGAGCACAGAAUAGAUUUUGUUGCCCAUGACGACAUCCCAUACAUCUCAGCAGGAAGUGAUGAUGUAUACAGACAUAUAAAGGAAGCAGGCAUGUUUGCACCAACUCAGAGAACAGAGGGCAUUUCCACAUCUGACAUAAUCACACGUAUCGUGCGUGACUAUGAUGUUUACGUGCGCCGUAACCUUCAGAGGGGAUACACUGCCAAAGAACUAAAUGUUAGCUUCAUCAAUGAGAAGAAGUACCACCUGCAGGAGCGUGUGGAUAUGGUAAAGCAGAAGGUGCGAGAUGUGGAGGAGAAGAGUAAAGAGUUUGUGCAAAAGGUAGAGGAGAAGGGCAUCGACCUCAUUCAGAAAUGGGAGGAGAAGUCACGAGAGUUCAUAGGAAACUUCCUGGAGAUGUUCGGACCAGAUGGGGCGCUGAAGCACAUGCUGAAGGAGGGGAAAGGACGGAUGUUGCAGGCCAUCAGCAGUCCCAGCAGCAGCCCCACGCGUGAGGACCGAUCUCCCUCGCCCACCUUUCGUCUUCCCUUCUUCAGCAGGACCUCCUCACCAUUCACCUCACCUCCCUCUCAUCACAGCAGCACAAAUGGCAUCAGCCAGGAUGAGGAGGACUAAAAACAUCCUCAUUCCAGAAUUCCAUUCUGGUUUUCACAAGGAUCAUGUUUUAAACCCUUAGCUGUUCUUCAAAGCCAUCAUGAGCGGCCAAGAAUAUAAAUGGAGCUUCACAGCUGCUUUUACAAUGUGCUGAACCGGCUUUUAUGAUUUGCAUAAUAGUGGCCAAAUUUCGCCCACAGACUAAAGGUUUUGAUUCCACGUCUCUGCUCUUACACACAUCUCCCUUUUCCUUCACAGAGAUUUGCCACACACCACUAAACCAAAAGGACGCACAUUGUUGGCCUGUUCCUUGGAUACAUUUUGUGUUAGGGGACAACGCAUAAUUAUGCAUUUUUAGGGAUUAUAACUUUUUUUUGAACAAAACACAAAUGCUUUGUUCGGUUCAAUGUGAAUAGUACGCCAGUCGAAGAACAGCGUCUGCUUAAACACAUCUCCAUUUUAAAUUAUGCAUUAAACUAAUGCUAACCCGCAUUCAUUGUUUAAAUCUUUUCAAACUUGAACAGACCAAAUUUGAGAGUAAAUCCAGCAUGGGGGGAGAGUCCUGCGAUAGAAGAGUCGUCCGCAUUUCUUUUGCCAUCAUUAUAGUUGUGGAGGUUUACAAUUCCUUCGGUGCCACUCGGUGUAUGAAGUUUUUUUUCAGCUUUUAUUUUUCAUUCAUAUGUUCUUUGAAACAGAAAAACAACCGUUUUACAUUCCAACAUUAACAUUUAUUAGUUGUAUUCUGAACUUUGCCUAAUAUGGACACUAAUUGAAAGUCUGAUGUGAAGGAAUAAUAUUGAAGACUGGCAGUGACUCUGUUUUUCUGGACCUGGCACCUCCUAUUAAACCCUGUGCUAUUCUGUGGCAUGGGUCCCGGACGUUUUGCCUGCUGAAUGUUUACAUUACCCAAGCCCAGUGAGGGGCAUUGUUAACACAAAAGGGUACAAGGACUUGUGUUAGUUUACAUGUUUGCCUAGAAAAGGACAACUACAGUAGGAUUAAUGUGUGCUGCCAUUUGGUAGUAUUCUUUCUGUCAGUCGCAAAGAUUAUUACGGGCCAGUUUGUUUUAAAUGAUGACUAUGAAUCAAAAGAAUCAUUUACUGAAGCAUUUAUGGCGUAAAGGGACAGUUCACCCUAAAAUGAAAAUUCUCUCAUCAUUCACUCAUACUCAAGUUGUUCCAAAUCUGUAUAAAUGUA